AUGCCACUUUCGACGAAUGCCGAGGUGCUGGAGACGAGCAAUGGUCUUGUGAGCACUCUUCGCGGUAUGGCUGGUGGCGCGCCGCACAGUUUUAGACCAGCCCACGCAAAAGGACAUCUCCUUACCGGAACGUUUACUCCCAGUGCCACGGUAUCGGACCUCACUACAGCCCCGCACUUCAACACGCCCUCCACACCAAUAACCGUUCGCUUCUCUUCCUCCACCGGUUUCCCCAAGAUCGCAGACACAGACCCCAAUGCCAAUCCCCGCGGCAUUGCCAUUCGCUUUCACCUACCGCCCAAGGAAGACGGGCGAAGGCAACACACAGAUAUCGUUGCGCACUCGACGCCAUACUUCCCCACACGUACCGGCGCCGAGUUUCUAGAGUUCCUCAAAGCGGCAACGGGGCAGAAUGCGGGAGAAGCGGUGCCUGAGUUCCUUGGCCGCCAUCCCGAGACAGCGAGAUUCCUACAGGCUGCGAAGCCUAGCCCUGAGAGCUUUGCAACGGAGAAGUUCUUCGGUGUGAAUGCGUUUAAGCUUGUUAAAGAGGACAAGGUUACUGUGGUGAGGUACAGGAUUGUGCCUAUCGCUGGAGAAAAACAUCUCGACUCCGAGGCACUAAAGGAAAAGUCUGAAUCCUACCUGUUCGACGAGUUGAAGCCGCGUUUGCAGUCUGGUCCGAUUGGAUUCAAGCUCUUGGCUCAAGUCGCCGAGGAAGGGGAUGUGACGGAUAACGCGACGGAAACAUGGCCUGAGGAGAGGAGUGUUGUAGAGCUAGGCGAGAUCCAGAUUGAAAAGACGAUGGAGGACGCGGAGAGCGCGAAGCAGCAGAAGAGCAUCAUCUUCGAUCCUAUUCCGCGGAUUGAUGGGUUACAGCCGAGUGACGAUCCGUUGUUGGAGGUGCGUGCUAGUAUUUAUCUCAUUUCGGGAAAGCAGAGGAGAUCUGCGGAGGAGCCGGCUAAGGCGGAGGAUGCGGUUGCUACUGAUGCUGCGGUGGCUACUACGUGA